ACACACACGCGCGCACACGCGCGCGGGAGUCCACGGCGCAGCUCUUGUCCGGCGGCGACUCUCUCGCGGCACAGUUCGAUAUUCGCGCUGGCCCGUGAAACACGUGUACGCGUGCAUGUAGUGUCGGACAUAUAGUGCGCGUAGCUCUUGGUAUACGAUGCGAGCUUUUCCAAAUCCGUUGGAUUUUAUUUAACGAUAAUAAGAUAGUCGAGCGAAUCGGCGACAUCGGCGAGUGAUUCUUCCCUUAUAUGGGGCCUCCCUUCCAUCCCGUGCUCUCUCGUCGCCGGAGCAGCGAAGGAAAAGAAUUGAAAAAGAAAGAAAAAAAAUGAUCUACAAUCACCAAGCACCGACGAUGUCGUCAUCGAGCAAGAGGUCACCGAGACCGAGACACAAGUCCUUCCAGCAGAACACCAAGUCGUCGUCGGGCAAGUGCAAACAGCAGCAGAUUACGGCGAGUAGUAAUCCGACGGAUAACAGGUGUCGGGGAAGGUGUCGGGUGCAAUGGAGCGAGCAACACGUGAAGGAAGGUCUGGUGCUCGUGCAGGAGGCCCAACUCGCCAGGGUUGUCAAAACCGGACCGAUAAGCGAGCAUUACGAGAUCGACGCUAAGCCUUUCGCAAGCGGUCAAUGGGCCAGAGUCUACAAGUGCAGAUCGAGAUCGACGGGUAUCGUCUACGCGGCCAAGUACUCGUCGAGGAACCGAUUCAACGCCGACUGCAGCGCGGAAUUGAGGCACGAAAUCGCCCUGCUCUCGCUCUGCUCUCAGUCACCGAGAGUCGUCCGGCUUCACGACGUUUACGAGACGCCCAAAGAGAUCAUCAUGGUUAUGGAGUUUGCACCUGGCGGAGACAUGCAGACGCUGAUAGACGGGGAUUUGGUGCCGCUGGAAGGUGACGUGGUCCACUUCGUCAGACAGUUGGUGGAAGGACUUGCCUACCUCCACGAGAGAAAUAUCGCCCAUUUGGAUAUCAAGCCGCAGAACCUGGUGAUGAUGGGCAGCUUCCCGGACUGCAACGUCAAGCUCUGCGACUUCGAGAUCUCGAGGGUCGUGCUGGAGGGCACGGAAGUCCGGGAAAUACUCGGCACACCAGAUUACGUCGCGCCCGAAAUCCUGCACUACGAGCCCAUCACCCUGGCCGCCGAUAUGUGGUCCCUCGGCGUCACGACCUACGUCCUACUCACGGGCUUCUCUCCGUUCGGCGGUGAGACCGACCAGGAGACCUUCAAGAACAUCAUCCUCGGCCAGGUCGACUUCCCGGAAGAGCUCUUCGAGGACGUCUCCGCUCAGGCUAAGGACUUUGUCGCCAAGCUUCUCGUGCUUGAACCAAGUGCACGCAUGUCGGCGAAGCAGUGCCUGCGCCACGAGUGGCUCCGCGGAGCUCCCACGCAAGCCUCGGCCCACCUCCGCAAGUACCUGUCCAAGUCCCGGGAGGUCCUUCUGGAGCGAGUCGUCAGCCGGGAGAACCUGCGCAGGGCAGCUCUUCUCAACGGUCACCACCAGCAGGCGAUGGACCUCAGCCAGAGCGAGAUGUGCCUCAACAGGGGACUGACCGGCAGCAGGGGAAGUCUCAGUCUUCCCGGUAGCGGCAGCGAGGACUACGAGAGCGGAGUCCAGGACACGAGCUCCUCGAGGACGAGCCUCGCCGACUCGGUGUCGAGCUCGAAGAGCAGCCUGGCCAUGAGCCAGAGCUGCCUGCUGAACAAGGAGCAGACCGAAGGACUGCUGAACCAGGCGCAGGAUCGGAGCUCGCUCAGAGCCAGCAUGGCCCAGGGACUGAACCGAGUGAGCCUCCUCUCCAGGAUCAGGAGCCUCAGUCAGGUGCAGUCGAGAUCCCAGGCCUGUCUUCCUCUGCUCAACGGCUCGGACGACAACCACCACCACCGCCAUCAUCGCAAGGAUCGCGACCUUCGCUACCAGGCGCUCAACGGAACGCCCCUGGGCUGCUGCUACUUCGACGGCUCUCGGGAGAAGCUCUACGGGCUGAAGUCGCUGUCCAAGUCCCAGGGGAUGCUGGACAUCUACAGGAGCCUCGAGAGUCUUCAGAGGCACAAGAGGGACCUGCUCAGACAGAAGGAGAGGUCCAAGACGGAGGACGUGCUGCCGAUCUUCAGGCACCUCGCCCACGGAUCCAGCAGUGGAUCGCUGGGAUCGGCCUCGUCCUCGAGACUGGCCAGGGACUUUGAGCACAUCGAGUACGAGGUGGCCAAGAAGCCGGAGACGAAAGCGGCGGCGGAGCAAACGACUCCGGUGAGCGUGGAGGACGGCCACGGCCAGCAGGAGAUGGACUGCGAAGCCGUCGACGACGUGGGCCACAAGAAGGACGCCGCAGAGGUAUCGCAGGAGGUCAGGAGCACCGGGCCCUCGUCCCUCGGCGUCUCCGAGGCGAACCUCGACUCCCUGCAGUCCCUCGAGUCCGACACCCUGACCGACGACUCGGAGGAGACCAGCGCCUCGCGCAGCCUGACCAACAAGCAGUCGUCGACCGGCUCGGACUGUCACGGCCGCGAGACCGACUCCGAGAACGACGAGCCCAAGUUCACCGUGGCCCAGCUGGUCUCGGCGUUCAACAAGCACCAGGAGGUGGCCAGCCGCGGCAGCCUCGAGGCCAUCGUCAGCGAGAAGCGCGACUCCGCCAGCAACUUCCCCAUCGGGCCCAAGGCUCUGCGGCUCUUCAUCCCCGACAUCGACAUAAGCGAGCGCAAGCCACUGGUGCGGCGCAAGACCAGCUACAAGCCGCGCAAGAACUGGGAGGAGCUGCGCAAGCAGAGCGAGAAGAACGAGGGCCUCCUGCCCGAGAGCAAGGACUUCUUCAACGACUCGGGCAACGAGGAGGACUGCAACGAGGAGCAGCACCAGCACGACACCCGCAUCGACGAGAAGUACAAGCAGUGCGUCCAGGUCGCCUGCAAGACCAGCAGCAGCGAGACCUGCAAGCUGACCGAGCCGAAGAAGAUCGAGACGCCGCCGCUCUCGCCCUCCUCGAUGGACAGCGGCGUGAACCUCCGCGACAUCCUUCACACCAGCGGCGACGCCUCCAACAAGGACAAUCCGGAGAAGCUCCGCGAGCGCAGCUCCAUGGCCAAGGUCAUCGUGGCCGGCGACAACAGCAGCUUAGCCUCCAAGAUCUCGGCGUUCAGCGGGGACAAGCGCGACAAGAAGCGACAGGAGGCCAAGUCCAGGACGGCCGUCAAGGAGAAGGUCUGCACGGGCAGCUACGGCAGAGCCAUGGAAAAGUUCUCGGGAAAGUCGAGCAAUGCGGCCACGGAGCUCAGCAAGCCGAGAUCCAGGAAGACCAGCGCGACCACCACGCCUACGCUCCUCGACUCCUGAGAUAGAGAGCAUAGACGUAACGCUAAUCUCGCAGCAGCUAAUUUUUAUUCUUCUUCUAAUCGCCCAUACCCGUACACGAGGAUCGAAUUACCGAGCUCGACCUCGAGCAAGGUCUCGAGCGGGGAACAUUACUACGCCCACGCGUCGCGUCUAACGAUCCCAUUGUCAUCGGCGCCUAUAAUGACGCGGAAAGAGAGGAAAUAUCGAGCGCUCGAGAAUAUAUAAAAAUACAAAUAUAUAUAUAUAUAUAUUCAUCGGGUUCAUUCAUUUUCGCUCGUCGCGCGGGGAAUGCACUCGUAACUUCUUCGCGGGCUAUAUUUAAACCCGCGACGAGCACGUAUACUCGUUAUCAGGGCCAGUAGUGUGCUCACCUUAUAAGCGUCUCGCUCGGUGAUUCACACGUGCGCCGUGUGAAUCAGCUCGCUCGCAUCGGUGUAUGGCUAUAGUACGUAUACACGCGCGCCUGUCCCUAAAAACGCACCUGUUUACAUACGCAGGUAUAAGCUUUCGGGUCGCUAUGUGCGCGUCUAUGUGUGUAUAACUACUCCGUGUCAUUAGAGCUCGCGCGGAGUUAUUAUCUUUUUCGCUUUUCAGGCAUCUGCACGCGCGCUUGUGGGUAAUUACUCGCCGCGAGAGCUUCAGGAAGUGAGCCGCGCUGCUUUUGCCUACAUGGGCUUUUCGAUUAAUACGCACGCAUAUACGACGGAAAUUUCUCUUCUCUUUCUGCACGCGCGACUCGCGGAAAUUUUUCUCUCCGCCAAGGAUUUUACAGCCAUAUUAAACUUUUACUUUGCGCGGACUCUGCUACUACGUUCUAAUCAUGUUAAGGUUGUUGUACUUAAAAAUAACUUUGGAGAACGAUUUUCUAUCGCAUCGGCGUGCGACUUGUGAUCUUUUUUUUUUUUUUUUUUUAUAACAACACUUUUUCUGCAUCGCGUUGCAACAAUCUCCAGUAGUAUAAGGAUGUAUUACACGUAUUAGCGAAACAAUAAUUUUGUAUGCAAGCAUCGAUUAGUGUAUAAGAGGAAGAGCGUUGGGGGACACUAUAAGAUCCCAGCCGACGUGCGGUAAUCAGGUUGAUCAAGCGACGAAUUA